GUUCAUUUGUUUUUCUUUUGCAUCGCUGGACUUUGCCCGAUUCAUUUUUGUUUUUAUUAAGCUGUUAAACGCUCGUGAGGCAGCUAUUUAAUUAAUUAAAAAUAAAAGUUAAUUUAGCGCAACAAUAAUGUCUCAAUUAUUCAAAAAUAUCGCUUUUAACCAGCCGAAGAAAUUUCUUUCAAGUACCUUUAUAAGAACAUUCACAAACGCAGAACUACCAAAAUUUGAAACCCUAGCUGUAUCGGAACCCAAGAAACACGUAUUUCACGUGGAGUUGAACAGGCCUAAGAAAUCAAAUGCAUUCUCUAGAACUAUGUGGCAAGAUAUCACGAACUGCUUCAACACCCUGAGCUUGAUACCGCAGUGCAGAGUAAUUGUAUUAUCUGGUCAAGGAAAGCAUUUUACAGGCGGCAUUGAGCUACAAAGUCUGGUACAAUUGGCAGCGGAGGCUGAUGAGUUAGAAGAUGUCGCUAGAAAGGCCCGCUUCCAUUAUAACUUCAUUAAAUAUGCUCAGGACACCAUAACAUCUUUAGAGACUUGCGUGAAGCCCGUCAUAGCUGUGACGCACAACGCGUGUAUCGGCGCUGGAGUUAACUUGAUCACCGCUGCCGAUAUGAGGUACUGCACAGAAGACGCGUGGUUCUCAGUGCGUGAGGUGGACGUGGGUUUGGCUCCCGAUGUAGGCACACUACAGAGAUUGCCUAAGAUAAUAGGUAACGCGUCAGUGGCUCGGGAACUCUGCUUCACGGGCAGAAACUUCGACGCUAAAGAGGCGAAGGAAAUCGGACUCGUCAGCCAAGUGUUCCCUGAUAGAGACACCGCCAUUCAGAAAGUUCUAGAAAUAGCAGAGAACAUAGCAUCAAAGAGUCCCGUAGCUGUGCAGACUACUAAGAUCAACCUGGUUUACUCGCAGAGUCGGCCUAAUGAUGACGGAUUGUUGCAUGUUCGUCUACUGAACUCCGUAAAUAACCAAGGCGAAGAUUUAACCAAGUCAGCCAUAGCUCAAGCCACUAAGAGCCCAAUACCUGAAUUUGAUAAUGUCUAAGUUUCAUAUUAUUUACUUGAUUAGAAUGACAGAUGUUUGUAUAACUGAAGAUGCUAAGAAAGGUCCAAUCGUAAUUAUACUUGAAGAAUUCGUUUGUUUGAAUGCGCAUUUCUCAAGAACUACUAAAUAGAUUUGAAAUAUCAUUUGUCAGUAAGAUAGCCUAUGAAACGGGUGAAACCACUGGCAAAAACAAGUCAAAAGUAACUUUUAAUAAGUCAUUCAUGUUAUUCUAAUCAAGGUUUGUCAAAAAAGAGAGAUUGAGAUUUGUCCUUAUGUCAAAAAUGCGUUUGUAGUAAUGUAUGUAUGUAUAUAUAUGUUCAUGUUUGUUGGUCUAGCUGUCGCUAGUGCGGCUGCUAAGCACGAGGUCUCGGGUUCGAUUCCCGAGUCGGGCCGAAAUCGCUUUGUGGGUUUUAGAAGACUUUCACAAAGCAGCCCGGAGCCUGGAAGCUAGUGAUUGAUACACCCGUGCAUCGGAGAGCACGUAAAUGUCGGUCCUGCGCCUGAUCUCUCUCCGGUCGUGUCGGAUUGCCGUCCCAUCGGGCUAUGAGAGUGAAGGAAUAGGGAGUGCACCUGUGUCUGCGCAAAUGCUCGUGCACUAUAAUAUGUCCUGCGUAGUUGGCUAAUCUCCUUACAUGAGAACAGCCGCCGUAGCCGAUAAUCGGCUAGGAGGACAUCAUCAUCAUCAUCAUCAUCAUGUUUGUUACUCUAUUACGCUAAAGUGGAUUGUAUAGAUUGUAAUAUAAGCUACUUACCCUCGGGACGAGUGAACAUCACGUAUACGAGAAUAUAAUCUCGUUCAGCAUUUUAUUUUUCCUGCCAGUAAAUACAAAUUUAUUACCUUAUUAGCAAGUUAAAAAUAGAUUUUUGUAACAUGUUUGAAUGAAUUUUAUCAUGUACAAUGUAUUUACUGUAAUAGUGUAAGACAAUAUUUUGGAUACGUAUACAGCUGUUGUUAUAUUUUGUAAGAAAAACAUUAUUUAAUAAAAAAUGUUUCAAUAUGUAAAAAAAA